UCUCUCUACAAACAGACAUUUUUACCAUUCCUGUUGACGGGAAACGACUCAGUGAUCUACCGUGGCAACAUCACACCGACCUCGAUUUAUUCUUUAAAAACAGGAAGGACUGCUUCUUUUUCUGGAGGGGGGGUAUUGACCUGCCAUCGAAAUCAAGAUGUUUUACACAUGUGGACCCAAUGAAGCCAUGGUGGUGUCUGGCUUUGGCCGUUCUCCUCCUCUAAUGAUUGCUGGAGGAAGAGUGUUUGUCCUCCCAUGUAUUCAGAAGAUCCAGAGAAUUGCGCUCAACACCCUGACUCUCAAUGUGAAGAGUGACAAAGUCUACACCCGCCAUGGGGUCCCUAUCUCUGUCACUGGCAUUGCACAGGUGAAGAUCCAGGGCCAGAACAAAGAGAUGUUGGCCACUGCCUGCCAAAUGUUUAUGGGCAAGUCUGAGGCUGAGAUUUCCACUAUUGCACUAGAAACACUGGAGGGACACCAGAGAGCCAUCAUUGCCCAUUUGACUGUGGAGGAGAUCUAUCAGGACCGCAAGAAGUUCUCUGAGCAGGUCUUCAAAGUGGCCUCCUCUGACCUGGUCAACAUGGGAAUUGGUGUCGUCAGCUACACGCUGAAAGAUGUUCAUGACGAUCAGGACUACCUUCACUCUCUGGGUAAAGCCAGAACAGCCCAGGUGCAGAAGGAUGCCAGGAUUGGAGAGGCUCAGUACAAACGUGAUUCCGUCAUGAGGGAGGCCCACGCGAUGCAGGAGAAGGUUUCAGCUCAGUACAAGAAUGAGAUUGAGAUGGCAAAAGCCCAGCGAGACUACGAGCUGAAAAAGGCUGCUUAUGAUGUUGAGGUCAACACUAAGAAGGCUGAGUCCGAAAUGGCCUAUCAGCUUCAGGUGGCCAAGACCAAGCAGCGCAUUGAGGAGGAGACGAUGCAGAUUCAGGUGGUGGAGCGCACACAGCAGAUCACACUGCAGGAGCAGGAGAUCAUCCGUAAGGAGAAGGAGCUGGAUGCCAAAGUUAAGAAGCCGGCAGAAGCAGAGAAAUACCGUCUGGAGAGGCUGGCCGAGGCCUCGCGCCUGCAGCUUAUCAUGGAGGCUGAGGCAGAGGCCGAGAGCAUCAAAAUGAGGGGCGAUGCACAGGCUUUUGCCGUGGAGGCUAAGGGCCGCGCUGAGGCAGAACAGAUGUCCAAGAAAGCAGAAGCCUUCAAGCAGUACAAAGAUGGAGCCAUGGUGGACAUGCUGCUGGAGAAACUGCCACUGAUGGCAGAGGAGAUCAGCAGGCCACUGUCGGAGGCUAAAAAGAUAACUAUGGUGUCCAGCGGUGGCGCAGAGGUGGGAGCAGCCAAACUCACUGGAGAGGUGCUGGAUAUCAUGACCAGGCUGCCUGCCGCUGUGGAGAAACUCACCGGAGUCCGCAUCUCCCAGGUUGGAGCAGCACCCGGCCUUGUGCAUUGAAAAGAGAGGAAGUAUAGAAGUAAUCAGGAGAGGUGUCACCAAUAUUCAGACUAGGAGCUUCACGUCUCCUCCUUGUGCCUAUAACCACUGCAGCACUGUAGUCUUGUCUGAUCGUCUGCAUGCAUAUGUUUCAGUUGUGUGUGUCUCUCUCUUUCCGGUUCCUCCUCCAUCUAAACAGAAUAUUCUGUCCUCUGUCAUGUGGUUUCUUUUCAUGUCCCUGCUCUGAGCUGUUGGGCUUUCUGCUGUAGAUGACAGCAACAGUAGUUGCAAGGGAUAUAAUUAUAAAUUACGCUACUUGUUUUUACCAUGAGACAACAAACUCAAAGUAGGACUUCCUGUCUUUGCUGAUAUCUACUUGACCUUAAGUAUGCAUUGUUUUUAUUUUUUAUUUUACCAAACCAACCAGCCUCAUUUUCUCUGCUUAGGAACCUAAUUAACCAACUGUCUUUCAUUUGUUUUACUUAAAUGUAGAAAAUGUUGGCUGUAGUUUUUUUUGUGCCUUUAAAUUCAGAAAAUGGUGCUGAGCUCUUUAUCCCAGCAUCCCCUCAUAGUUUUGUAUAUAAAGAGACAAAGUUGGAGUGUUGAUAUUAAACUCUGUGUCUCUUCGGAAGUCUCUGACUAAGUUACUGGGCCCAAAAUCAUAUCAGUGGAAAGAUUUGCUUUGUGUUUCAGAAUGAAGGGGAAGGAAGUGGUUGAUGGGAACGAGUUACAGGGGUUUCUCGUUGAAAGAAUUGAAAGUCUGUUGUGGUGGAAUAAACAUUGUCUCUUGACUUCACUGCAGCAUCUUUAGGAGUCCUAGAUUUUUUUAUGACAAGAGUAAAGGAGGACCAUGCUGAACUAACCAAGUUACUCGCCUGCUGCUUUAUGUGCUUGCUGUCUAGAAUUUAUACUAACAUAUGGGAGUUUCUGUUAUUUGUUUUAUAUAGUGUACUGAUUUUCCAUGAUAAUGUGAUUGAGUAUUAUAGAUUUUAAAAGACUUCAGCUUAUUGGAAGUUGUUGAGCAACAGUUCAGCGUCUCUGAUCAGGAGCAAUUUUUCUCCCAGACACUAACCGAGAAAAGCUUUGCGGCUGUGAAGCCAUAUGCAUUUUUUUUAAUCGCCAAGUGCCUGGUCAAACCACAACUGUCAAGUGGAGUUUACUUCUUUACUUAAGCCUAUUACACCUUUUCUGUCAGGGAACUCUUCCUCAUAUCCAAUUGACCCUAAGCCAUUGGACGUCUCUAGCGACGGCCGUAGUUGAAAGCCAAAUUAGUCUAUACUUGUGUUUUUUCUUGUGACUAAUCUUUUACUAUCCUUAAAAUGUGCUGUUGCAUGUCUGUAUUUUAAGUUGAAAAAAAUGACAUAGCUUUGAUGACGAGUACAAGAUUUAUCUGUAGUGAAAUGUUCCAACAAUAAAAUAAUGGUUAAAUCACUGAAA